AUGGAAUAUGUCUAUCUAGUUCCGUAUCAAGAUGAAACAAAUGAACCUUAUAACCCAUACAAACUACAAAUAGUAUCACAUGCAUCAAUAGCAGAUAAACCAGAUUAUUAUACGCUGAGUGCAACUGGUGUGACACACUUUAUUAAUGGAGAAGCAGAUUUUACUCCAUUAACUAGAUGGGUUCAAGAACAUGAUACUUUCCAAAAGAUACUCAAAAUCAAAUUCUUUGCUAAUUUCAGAAAGUGGAAAGCCUUUUAUUUCUUUAAAAAGUUGAUAACCAGGAAAAAGAGAGCUAUUUCUUCUGCUACAUUAAACGAAAGACUCUUUUUCAUCAAUAAUAACAAAUCACUAAGAGAUAUCAGAUUAGAAUGUAUUAAAAUAACCGAGUUGGAAUUAUUUAAAGAUAACAAGGGUGAAACCCUAACAGUUGAAGAUUUUACAAAGAGGCAAGAAUUACAAAAAGAAGAAGUUAGUCGACAAUUGAUCGAUAUUUGUGAUGUAAUUGCUGAUAUGAUUUACGAAGCUUGUAGAGAUACUAUGAUUGAUGCAGGAUUUGGAGACCGAUUUGGGGAUUUGGAUCAAAUUCCGGAUAUUGAACAAAAAAAUAAGGAUAAUGGAAGUACUUUUGGUUUUGGAAAGAAUGAAGAGGAAAAUGAUGAUGAAUUCGAAGAAAAGACAUCAAGAAAAGUUUGCAAGAGAAUUAUUAGUUUUAUUAGGUUAUGCGACUUUUUGGUUUUAGAUUCAUUGAUUGAACUUGUCGAAAAAUCUGUUGAAAGAAUUUUGCACAAGAUUGUUACACUUUCUGAGAAUAGUGACAAGAACAUUGAAGAAGAAAUUAUGCAGCUAGGUUUAAUAGGAACUGAAGAUUUAGAAAUUGUUCCAUUAUUUAAAGUAGACAUUAGAUUCUCUGAUCAAAAAUUACAAAUUCUUCCUUCUAAGGAACAAUUCGAUAAGAGAGUCUCUAAAGUUAUUGAGGGAUUUUUCGAGGCAAUUAGACUUGACAAAUUCAUUACUAGAAAGAAAUUUGAAGAAUACACUGACCCUGUUAUUAAUGAUAAGGGUGCUGAUGCUAUAGUAAGCGAGGGAAUCACAGUUAAAGAAAGAAUAACAAGAAGAGAAUCGUAUGACAGAUUAUUGAAGAGUAUCAAAGAAACACUUUCUAUUGCCUUCAAAGAUGUUGAAAAAUACGCAAAAGAAUACGAACCAAUCAAGGUCAAAUAUUUAGAAAACAAGGAAAUGUUAGAGACUGAGGUAUCUUCUUUAAAGGAAAAAGAUUUGCCAUUGGAAUGGUUCCAAGACGAAAUGAACAAGUACAAACAUCAGGAUAGAGAGGUUAAACAAAUGAGAACAUACAAGUAUAAGGGAAUUUUCUAUGUAGAUACACAAAUGCUAAAAGAAACCUUCUCUCCUUCACCAACAGAAUGUCUUAAGAAGUUACACAUUAUUCUUCCAGAAUUGUCAAAGGACAAGAAUCAAAUACUGUACAAAAAAUUGGAAAAAGCCAUGGAAAGGUUUAAGGCUUUCCCUGCAUCUGUUGAGGACUUUGUAGAAUUUUUAAGAUUUGUUGAAAAAACAGUCGCUAGUCUGGAUGAGUUGGAGACUGAAUUCAAGACAGUAUCUGAUUUCUAUAAAUUAAUGGAUGAUGAGAAAGUUAAGGUUCCAGUGGAAGAUAAGAACUUUUUCCAAGAUUUUACUGUUUCUACCAUAUCUACUCUUAGGUCUUCAAUCAGUAGAGCUGAAGACAGCAAAGAAGAUCGUAUCAAUAAGUUCUCUGUCGAUCUUAAGAGAAAGAUUGAUGAUCUUAGAGGAGAAAUACAAGAUUUCUUGGAGAAAUCAAAAGAUCCUAUGGUUUCAGAUGUAAAUUAUGCAGAUAGUAGGGAUAGAAUCGAGGACGUAAUAUCAUACCUUAUGGAUCUUAAGAACGGUAUGGAUAAGGCUCAAAAGAGAUCAAUAGAGUUGAUAGGAUAUCAAGAACUAUUCAAGGUUAAAACUGAUAGUAUUGAUGAAAUGCCAAUUAUUGCCAAAGAAAUUGAUCACAAACUCAAACUUUGGACUACCAUGAGAAGCUGGAACGAUUUUGAAUCAGAAAACAAAUGUAAAAUUUUCAAGGAUGUUUCUGCAGAAGAGGUUAAAAGAAAUAUUGAUAACUUCCAAUAUACAGCCUCAUUCUUGCAAAAGAAUUCAGAGGAGGAAAAUCCUGUUACAAAGAAACUCUCAGAUUAUACUGACAACUGGCGAUUGGUACUUCCAAUCAUUGAAGAUUUGAAGAAUGUCUCUCUUAGAACAAGACAUUGGAGAAUUUUGGACAAUAUUGUUGGAUCCACCAUAUCCGAGAAGAACUUUGAGCUGUCUCUAUUGUUCGAUUCUGAUAUUAUUGAAAAGAGAAAGAGAAUUCAAGAAAUUUCUGAACAAGCUUCAAAUGAAGCUUCACUGGAAGAACAGCUCAAGAAGGUCAAAGAGAACUGGUUCAAAUCAGAAUUCCCUAUCGUUUCACAUAAGGAUAUGACAAUUAUUGGAAGUGUUGAAGAUAUCAUGUCAUUGUUAGAAGAUGACAGAAUUGUUCUCUCAACAAUUUUAAGUUCAAGAUUUGUUACAGCCAUCAAGGAUCAAGUUGAAGAAUUAUUCAAUGAUCUCAAUUUGAUAUACUCUACUAUUCAAGAAAUUAUUUAUUGUCAAAGAAAGUGGAUGUACCUCGAAAAUGUUUUUGUAUCUGCAGAUAUUGCUGCAGAAUUGAAGGAAGAUCACAAAUUAUUUGUUUCCAUUGACAGAUUCUAUAAGGAAGCAAUGAAGAGGGCAAAAGAAGUUAAGAAUGUACACAGAGUUAUUAUUGGUGCUGAAUCCUCUGUUAAGAGUGGUUUAUACGACAAGUUGAGAGUACAUAAUACUCACCUUGAUAGAAUUGAAAAGAGUUUGGAAGAAUAUCUUAAGAAGAAGAGAAAUCUUUUCCCAAGAUUCUACUUCUUGUCCAAUGAAGACUUGAUCGAUAUUUUAUCGCACACAAGUAACCCACAAGCUGUUCAACCAUAUUUACCACAAUGUUUCGAAGGUAUGAAAACUCUUGACAUUGAUUCAUCCAAGUACGUAAAGGGUAUGAUUUCUAAGGAAGGAGAAAGAGUUCAAUUUGUUUCCACUACAACAAGAGCCGACGAUGUAGUUGAAGACUGGUUAAGAGAAGUAGAACAACACAUGUUCGACACUCUUCGUCAAUUUAUGAAAAGAGCAGUCAGAGAUUAUCCAAAGAAGGAGAGAACAGUUUGGAUGAGAGACCAUAUUGCUCAAGUUGUAUUGACUGUUUCUCAAAUUUAUUGGAGUUAUGAUGUUACAAAUUGUCUUACUUCAGAAAAUCCAAGAAAGGAACUAGAAAAGUUUUACGACAAAUCUAUUGCUUUGCUUAAUGAUUUAGCUUAUUUAACCAGAACAAAACUUUCAUCGAAUGAAAGAAAGCUUAUUGGUACAAUGAUUAUUUUGGACGUCCACGCCAGAGAUGUCAUUAAGGCUAUGAUUGAAGAAGGUGUUAAUGAUGUUAAUAACUUUGGUUGGUUGAAACAACUUAGAUUCUAUUGGGAGUCUGAUGUUGAUGAUUGUAUUGUUAGACAAUCUAAUUCAGUAUUCAGAUAUGGAUAUGAAUAUGGUGGCAUUCAAUCUAGACUUGUUAUUACACCUCUAACCGAUAGAGUUUACAUGACUUUAACAGGAGCUCUUCACCUUAACCUUGGUGGCAGUCCUGAAGGACCUGCUGGUACAGGUAAAACUGAAUCUGUAAAGGAUUUGUCUAAAGCUUUGGCUAGACCUUGUGUAGUUUAUAACUGUUCUGAAGGUGUUACCUAUACAAUGAUGUACCAAUUUUUCAGUGGUAUUGUUCAAGUUGGUGCCUGGGCUUGUUUUGACGAAUUUAACAGAAUUAAUGCUGAAGUGUUAUCAGUUAUUGCUACUCAAUUACUCACUAUUCAAGAUGCACUAAAGGCUAAAAAGACAAGAUUCAUGUUGGAAGAUGAUCAAGAAAUUUCUUUGAGACAUACUUGUGGUGUUUUUAUUACUAUGAAUCCUGGUUAUGCUGGUCGUACUGAGCUUCCAGAUAACUUGAAGGCUCUUUUUAGACCAGUGGCUGUCAUGUUACCUGACUACAGAAUGAUUGCCGAAGUUAUUUUAUUCUCUGAAGGUUAUCAAGAUGCAUUACCUCUCUCUAGAAAGAUGACACAAUUGUACAAGUUGUCUAACGAACAGCUUUCUACACAAGAUCACUACGAUUUCGGUAUGAGAGCUAUGAAAUCAGUACUUGUUAUGGCUGGUGAAUUGAAGAGAGCUAAUCCUGAUUUGAGUGAAAGCACAACUUUAAUGAAGGCCAUGAUUGACAGUAACCUUCCAAAAUUCGUCCAAGAAGAUAUUUCACUUUUCCAAGGUAUUGUUUCAGAUUUAUUCCCAGGUAUUCAAGCUCCAGAAGAAAAACAUGGUGAAUUGGAAGUUGGUUUUAGGGAUAUUAUUGCCAGAAAGGGUCUUGAACCUGUGCCGAACUUUAUCAAGAAAGUUGUACAGUUUUAUGAUACAUUAGUGAUUCGUCAUGGUGUUAUGUUAGUUGGACCAACUGGUGGUGGUAAAUCUGAAAUCAGACAUGUUCUCUAUGAUACUAUGAACUACCUAAAGGAAGAAAAACGAUCAAACUCCUCUAGUGUAUACAAAGUUCAACAAUACCUUUUGAAUCCAAAAUCAAUUACAUAUGGAGAAUUGUAUGGUGUUCUUAAUAUGACUACCCAAGAAUGGUUUGAUGGUUUAAUCCCGUACUUUGCAAGAAAAGCUACCAAGGACACAUCUGAAGACAAGAAAUGGAUUAUUUUUGAUGGCCCUGUUGAUACUCUCUGGAUUGAAAGUAUGAACUCUGUUUUGGAUGACAGUAAGCUUCUUUGUUUAGAUAAUACUGAGCGUAUCCAAUUGAAUGAUAAGAUCAGCUUCAUAUUUGAGGUUCAGGAUUUGGCUGUAGCUUCUCCAGCUACAGUCAGUAGAUGUGGUAUGGUUUUCGUGGAUCCAGUUGAAUUGGGUUGGAAGCCAUAUGUUUCAUCGUGGUUGAGAAAUUCUACCGUUUCUGCUUUGAGCUCGGAAAAUAAGGAUGUAUUAGAAAAGCUCUUUGAUGAUUAUGUUCAAGACGGACUUGAUUUUAUCAGAAAUGAAUGUUUUGAAGAAGUGCCAAGUAAUAAUUUGAACUUGGUUACAAGUUUGUGUGGUCUUAUUGAUUCAUUAUUUGUGGAUCAUAAGGAGAAAUUAGAUGGAGAGAAGACAAAGCAACUUGUAAACUUUGUAUUCCUUUUCUGUUAUAUUUGGUCUAUUGGUGCCAAUAUUGUUGAUGAAUCCAUGGAGAAGUUUGAUAGAUUUGUUAAAGAAAAGUUCAAGAAGGCUAAUAUUGUACCAUCCAAUGGAUCUGUUUAUGACUUCUUUGUAGAUUUCGAGGCAGUCUCUUUUACUACAUGGGAAACCUUGAAACCUACAUUCUCCUAUUCAGGAAAUGUUCCAUUUUAUGAAAUUAUUGUCCCAACAGUUGAUACUGUUAGAUAUUCAUAUCUCAUUAAGACCUUACUUAAAAAUGAAAAGCCAGUUUUGUUCAAUGGUAAGACUGGUGUUGGUAAGACCUCUAUGAUAUUCAAUGCACUUCAAAACUUUGAAUUUAAACAUAAGGGUGAAUCAUUUGCAACUGAACUUGUAUCAGUUCAAUUUUCAGCAAGAACCGAUAGUGGAAGAACUAGAGAAAUGAUAGAAAGUAAACUUGUGGAAAAGAAGAAAGCUCUUUAUGCGCCACCAGGAAAGAAGGUUGUUAUAUUUAUUGACGACCUCAAUAUGCCUAAUCUUGAACAAUUUGGUGCUCAACCUCCAAUUGAACUUAUUAGACAAAUGAUUGGAUGUGGUGGUUUCUUCGAUGUUUCUAACAGAGAAGAAUUCCCUUGGAAGAUGGUUCAUGAUUCUACUGUUGCAGCUGCAUGCGGUCCUCCAGGAGGUGGUAGAAAUCCAACAACACCAAGAUUAAUAAGAUUAUUCCACCUCUUUAGAGUACCUGAAUUGUCAAAGAAUAGUAUGACUUUAAUCUUUGAAAGUAUUCUUGAUGGAUUCUUUACAUUCAACUCUUUCAGUGAAGAUAUUAGAAGUUCAACAAAACCAAUAGUUAAAACAGCUAUUGAUUUGUAUGGUAGAGUUUGUGAUAGAUUCAGACCAACUCCAAGUUGUGCUCACUAUUCUUUCAACUUAAGAGAUUUAUCAAAGAUUUUCCAAGGUAUUGUUCAAGUUAAACCUUCUAUGAAGGAUUCAAAUCAAUUCCUUAGGCUUUUUGCCCACGAAUCUUGUAGAUGCAUGUUUGAUAGAUUAAUUAACUUUAAGGACAGAACUGACUUCUCCGCUAUCCUUAUUGAACUCUUAAAGAGGUACUUUAAAGGACAGAACUGGGAAGAUUCUGAUUUCUUAGGUGAUAGAGCUAUUGCAUUUGGUAAUUUCAUGGAAAAUGGAGAUAGUGAGGAAAAGCCAUAUGUCCAACUCAAUUUGGAUAAAAUGCAAACUGAGCUUGAUGAUUACCAAAUGAGAUACAAUCUCAAUAAUACAGGACAACUUGAUCUUGUUUUCUUCCCUGAUGCCGCAAAGAAUAUUAUUAGAAUUGCCAGAAUUUUAUCUCAAAAGAGAAGUAACGCGUUAUUGAUUGGUGUAGGUGGUUCUGGUAAACAAAGUCUCACUCGUCUUUCCUCUUUCAUUGCAGGAUAUAAAACAUUUGAAAUUAACCUCAAGAGAAAUUAUGAUAUUGAUGACUUUAGAGAAGAUCUCAGAAGUUUAUUUAGAAUGGCAGGAGGUGUUGAAGGAGGACCAAUGGUAUUCCUCAUUACAGACUCCCAGAUUGUUGAUGAUGCAUUCCUUGAGGAUGUUAAUAAUAUUUUGAACUCUGGUGAAGUUCCAAACUUAUUCCCUUCUGAUGAAAAGGAAAAGCUUAUUAAUGAACUCAGACCAUUAGCUCAAAAAGCAGGUAUUACAGAAACUAGAGAUGCUAUUUAUGCCUAUUUUAUCAGAAGAGUCAGAGAUAACCUUCACAUUGUUAUUUGCAUGAGUCCUGUUGGUGAUGAUUUCAGAAGAAGAAUCAGAAUGUUCCCAUCCCUUGUUAACUGUACCACUAUUAAUUGGUUUGAUGAGUGGCCAGCUGUUGCGUUAAGAGGUGUUGCUCAAAGAAAGUUUGAGAAGAUCAAUGUUGGUAAUGAGCAUAUUAAGCAAAAGCUUGUAGACACCUGUGUAUUAGUACAUAGUGAUAUUACAGAAAUAACAAAGAGGUUUGAGGAUGAAACAAGAAGAAAAUUCUAUAUUACUCCUUCUCAUUAUUUGGAAUUUAUUAAUUUCUAUGGUGAAUUAUUGGAAGAGCAACGUCUUGAAUUAAAGGAAGCAAAAGACAAAUUGCAAAAAGGUCUUUUCACUCUCCAAGAAGCCAAUAACAAAGUAGCCUCUUGUGAAAAAGAAAUUGAAGAACUUCAACCAAUAUUAGAACAAAAGACAAUCGAAAAUGCAGUUAUCACCAAAGAGGUUAUGGAAAAGAAAACACAAGCAGACAAAGACAAUGAAAUUAUCUCUGCAGAAAAGAAGGAAAUUGACGAAAAGGCUAAAGUUGCUGAAGCAAUGAAAAGAGAUGCUGAUGAUAAGUUGAAGGAUGUUUUACCAGCUCUGGAAGAAGCUGAAAAGGCUGUCAGUGAAGUUGGUGGACCUGAAUUGAACUUGAUUAGAUCAUAUCAAAAUCCUGUACAACCAAUUAAGGUCACUUUAGAAGGUGUAUUGAUUUUGUUAGGCGAAAAGAAAACUGAUUGGGAAGCUGCCCAAAAGGCUAUGAGCUCUAUGGACUUUAAGAAGAGAAUUCUUUCCUUCAAGGAAACUAUGAAGGAAAAGAUGACUCCUCAAAUUAUAGCUAAAAUCAAGAAAUUGAUGAAGGAUGAAAACUUUACAGAAGCAGUUGUUUAUAAGGCCUCUGGACCUGCUGGUUCUUUGUGUAAAUGGGUUAGAAAGAUGAUUGAAUACUAUGAAGUUGAAAAAAUCGUACAACCAUUGAUGGACAGUGCUGCUGCUGCUCAAGAAGAAUUAGAAAAGCUCUUGUCUACAUUAAGAAUCAAGGAAUCAGAAUUGCAAAAGAAGACAGAAUAUCUUUAUCAACUUCAACACCAACUUGAAGAAAAUAGUAAGGAAAAGAUUAGAUUACAAGAUCAAAAAGAAAUUUCUGAAAGAAGACUUGUUGCUGCCAAGAAGCUUACAGUUUCAUUGAAAGAAGAAUAUGAAAGAUGGACCCUCUCUGUUGGAGAAUUCGAUGAAAGGAUCAAGAAUAUUGCUGGUGACAUCUUUUUAGCCAGUGCUUUCAUUAUUUAUUGUGGUCCAUUAACUGCUCCUUACAGAAAAGAGUUACUCGAUAAAUGGUGUGGAUAUUGCAAGGAUCAAGGUAUUCCAUUUAGUGACAACUACUCAAUUGAUAAGGUAAUUGCUGACCCUAUUGGUAUCAGAGAUUGGGGCAUGCAGGGCUUGCCGAUGGAUAAUUAUUCCAUCCAAAACGCUUUAAUAGUUACCAAGACAAAGAGAUGGCCGCUUCUCAUUGAUCCUCAAGAACAAGCAAACAACUGGAUUAAGAAUAUGGAAAAGGGUAACACACUCAAGACAUUGAAACAAUCUGAAGAUAACUAUAUCAAAACUCUGGAAAGUUAUAUCACAACCGGUAAACCUGUAAUGGUCGAAGGACUUUCAGAAAAAAUUGAUCCAACACUCCAACCAAUUUUGAGUAAGGAAGUUUUCAAGAGUAAGGGUAAAUUAGUAUUGAAGAUGGGUAAUUCUGAAAUUGACUUUAACCCAUCCUUCAAGUUGUACUUGACAACCAAAUUAGCAAACCCUCAUUACUUACCAGAAAUUUGUAACAAGGUAACUCUGGUUAACUUUACAGUUACUUCAAAGGGUUUGGAAGACCAAUUACUUGCAGAUGUAGUCAGAAUUUUGGAAUCAAGUCUUGAAGAAGAAAGAGACAGGCUUAUUGUUAGUGUCGCCGACGACAAGAAAACUUUGAAGAAGAUUGAAAAGAAGAUUUUGGAUAGCUUGUCAUCGGUCAAAGAGGACGAAAAUAUUCUUGACAAGACUCAAAUUAUCAAAUCUCUAGAUGACUCUAAGAACACCUCUAAUGUCAUUAAAGACAGAGUUAAGAUUGCUGCCGAGACAGAAAUCAAGAUUGAACUUGCCAGAGAAAAAUAUAGAAGCAUCGCCUCUCGUGGUUCCAUCCUUUACUUUGUUCUUGCAGAUUUGGCAAAGAUCGAUCCUAUGUACCAAUAUUCUCUUGAAUAUUUUAAGGAUAUUUUCAAUAAGUGUAUUAGAAUUACCAAAGAUCAACAUCCUUCAUUAACCACAGACCAAUUGCUUCCUAUUUUAAUAACCAACGUUACCGAAUUUAUCUUUACAAACGUUUGCAGAGGUCUAUUUGAGAAGGACAAGAUUAUUUUCUCCUUCUUGAUUUGUGCAAGGAUUUUAAUGUUUGGCCAAGUAAUUGAUGAAAAUGAAUGGUUAUUAUUCCUUAGAGGUGCUCCUUUAACAUAUGAUAGUAAGAAUGAACUAUCUGAAUGGAUUUCUGAUAUAUCUUGGAAUUUACUUACAGCUUUAGAUGCCGAAAUUCCUCAAUUAAAGGGAAUAACUGCCUCAGUAACAGGCCAUGUCUUCACAUGGAAAAAGUUCUUUGAAGAUAAUGAAUCUUUCAAAAAGGUUCUUCCUCUUAAUUGGGAAGGAAAAAUCAAACCUUUCCACAAGCUUCUAUUAGUUAAAUGUUUUGCAGAAGAGCAAGUUUUGUUGGCAAGCAAGGAGUUUGUCAAAAACAAUUUGGGUGAAUCGUUCAUUAGACCACCAGGUUUAGAUUUGGAAAAAGCUCUUAAUGACUCAACCCCUAGUACUCCAAUUACAUUCAUCCUUUCCCAAGGUGCUGAUCCUACAAGUAUGUUAAAGAGAUUCGCAAUUGAAAAGAACCAUGAGUUGCAUAUUAAAUCACUUGGACAAGGCCAAGAAACAUCAGCCAAGAAGCUUAUUGAAAGAGGAAGAAAGAAUGGUGAAUGGGUUUUAUUACAAAAUUGUCACUUGUUUGUUUCAUUUAUGCCUACUUUGGAAAAUAUUAUUGCUGAAUUCUCAUCACCAAUGGCUGUUGUACAUAAGGACUUUAGAUUGUGGUUGACAUCUAUGCCUUCAAAAGAUUUCCCUAUCCCAAUCCUUCAAAACAGUGUCAAGGUAACUAAUGAACCACCAAAGGGAUUGAGAUCAAAUCUCAGUAGAACUUAUAAUGAAAUUACCGAUGAAUACUUUUAUUCAUUCGAAGAUGGAGAAGAAUUCCCUGAUUGCAGUAAGAAAUUGGCAUUCAGAAAACUGCUCUUUGGAUUGUGUUUAUUCCACGGUGUAAUUCAAGAGAGAAAGAAGUUCGGUCCUUUGGGUUGGAAUAUUAAGUAUGAAUUCAACGAUUCUGAUUUGAGUGUUGCCCAACUUUGGUUGAAGAUGUUCUUGAAAGAAAGGGAAAUUAUUCCAUGGGAUUCAUUGAACUAUGUUAUUGGUGAAAUUGUUUACGGAGGAAGAGUAACAGAUCCAAAUGAUAGAAGAGCCCUACUAACUAUUCUGUCUCAAUAUUUUGAAAAGAAAAUUUUAUCAAAUGACUUUAGGUUCGCUCCUAACGAUAUUUAUAAGGUACCAUCUAGUGAUCCAAUUGAAGAUUACAGAAAUUUCAUCCUAGCACUUCCAGAUAAUGACGAACCAGCCAUCUUUAACAUGCAUCAAAACUCGAACAUGGUAUUCCAAAUGCAAGAAACACAGUACCUUAUUAGUACAUCUAUGGGUACCCAAGCAUUAAGCUCUGGUGGUUCAAAGCAACAUCAAAUGGAUUCUAUUGUUCAAGAAAUUGCAAACAAAAUUAUUUCCAAACUUCCUGAAAAUCUUAGUAAAGCAGAGGCAGGUAAGAACACAUUUAUCAGAACAGAAAAAGGUGCUCUUCACUCUCUUUCCACUGUUCUUAGCCAUGAAAUGAUGAAGUUUAACAAGUUACUUGAUACAAUUAGAAGCACUCUUGUUGAGCUCCAAAAGGCCAUGGCAGGUUUGGUAUUGAUGUCUGGAGAAUUAGAAAAGACAUUCAAGAGCUUAUUGAACAAUGAGGUUCCAGAGUUAUGGGCCGCAUAUCCUUCAAGAAAACCUCUUGGUUCUUGGAUAGAAGAUCUUGUUGAAAGAGUAGCAUUCAUGAGAGGUUGGUUGAGAAAUGGAUUACCAAAAGCAUUCUGGCUGUCUGGAUUCUUCUUCCCUCAAGGCUUUUUCACUGGUGUUCUUCAAACUUACGCUAGAAAGUACAAUGUAGAAAUUGAUUCCUUGUCAUUCUCGUUCAGAGUUCUCUUCGAAAUGACUCCUGAAGAAAUCCAUGAAGGCCCUGAGGACGGUGUUUAUGUUUAUGGUUUAUACUUGAAUGGUGCCAAGUGGAAUAAGGAAAGAGACACCCUAGAGGAAUCAGAACCUGGAGAAAUGAAUGUGAAAAUGCCAAUUAUUCACUUCCUUCCAGAGAAGAAUCACAAAACAUCACCAAAAUGUUAUGAGGCUCCACUUUACAAGACCAGUGAAAGAAAAGGAAAACUAUCCUCUCUUGGUCAAUCAACAAACUUUGUUAUUUCAGUAGAGUUACCAACAGAAAAACCACCAGCCCACUGGAUAUCUGAAGGUGUUGCUCUGCUUUGCCAACUAGAUAUUUAAUAAAUGUAUUUAUUUAAAU